AUCAAUAUCAAAUACCAAAUUGCACACAUAUACAUAUAUACAUGUACAUAUAUAUAUAUAUAUAUAUAUAUAUAUAUAUAUAUUAAACAGACAUAUACAUAUGUACAUUUAUCAACAAUUAAUAUUUACUAAAUAUUUAACUACGAAGAUAAAACUUGGAAUGCAUACAAACGUUGAGAAAAAAAGAAUUAAUUGUUGUAGAAAAAUGAUAAUCACAAAUAAAUAGAUAAAACGGAAGAUAAAAAGUAAAUGUUACAACUGCUAAAAAAUCUAGUUAAUCUCAAAUGUAAACAUGCAAUUUCUAAGAAAAUCUUAUCUUCAUGUUUUUCCCAGAAAUUUUCUCGGAAAUUUACUUCCGUGUAUAUCUUGCAUCAUCCCGAAUGCAUAAUCCCGAGACUGGCAUCAAUGGCGCACUUGCACAAUGAGUGUAGUAAUCAUCUGACCUUUGGAAAUGAUAAUAAGACCCUGAGUUUCACUAUUAGCGUUAAUAUCGCUAAUUAUGUCAACCAACACAGCAAUUUAGACAUAUUAAGAUAUGCCACCUUAAGAAAUCUUCAAAUUGAGGGUUCUCCCCCUAGGUUUUCAUUUUAUUUCCGUAUAUAAAAGUAGACAAACGUAUUUUGCACGCGAUUUGCAAAAAUCUAAUCCAGUUGCGGAUCCAAGACUCAUAUCGAGGAGAAAAAAAGUUCCAACAAAUUAACAAAAAAACAGAAAUAACGACUAAUUGUAAAGAUGAAAGGUGUUGGUGUGAGCUUUUUCAUCUCAUUAGUGCUAAUGACAAAUUUGCAGAAUACAGAGAGUGACAUUUUCGUUUGCAUAGAAAAGAAUGUCCUUAGAAGAUAUUAGAAUAGCUCUGCUGCCGGUGAAAGAGGUCUGCAUCGAAAGGGUUAGCGUCAAUCCAAAGAUGAUUGAUGAUGCGAACAACGGUAACUUUGUACCCGACCGAAAACUGCAAUGUUAUUACAAGUGCUUACUAUUGAUGACAAAAGUCAUGAAAAAUGAUCAAAUAAUAGAGAAGGCACUCGUCAAUAUAGCGCAGCUCAUGUUAAACGAAGAUCUUGUAAAUCCUGUUAUGAAAGGAAUCGAACAUUGUCAGCCAACCAUAUCGAAGAAGAUAGAAGGAUGUGAAUUAGCAUACGAAUUGAUUAAAUGCAUUUACGAAUAUGAUUCAACGCUCGUUUUUUUCCCGUGAUGAUAUCUUCCUCGAUUCUUCAGCGUACUUGGAUAACUCUGAAAACAAUUUUGGCUCAACCAGUCGAAAUAAGAGGAGGACUCCAUUACAGCAGAAUAUGCAUUCCAAAAUUGACAGAAAUGAUUUCAAAUGUAUCAAAUGUAUAUUAAUUAAAUAAAUAUUGCGUCAUAAUA